AUGGUUAGCUUUGCAUCGACUCUCGUUCUUGCCUCGACCCUCAUGUGCUCCCUGGUCAGCACUGCGCCUAUCGCUGCCGUUGACGGCCUCGCUCUGCGCAACUACCAGGAGUACAACACGGCCCGCUACCACCCUGCUCCCGUGACUGUGACUAAGUAUGUCACCGUCGACAACUGUGCCCCCACCGCCUACCAGACCUCGCCUGCCCCCGCGACUAGCAUCUACGCAACCUCGCCUGCCGCCCCGUCCCCUGUCUACACUGACAGCGGUGACUCCAGCUCUCCCUCGACCUCGUUCUCCAGCAGCGGCUGGCACAACGAGAUGCUCAAGCAGGUCAACGCUGUGCGUGCCAGGAACGGCAAGGGACCGCUUGCGAUUGACGAGAGACUGAACACCAUGGCGCAGAAGCACUCGGACUACCAGAACUCGGUCAGCCAGAUGACUCACGACGACUCGGCUGGAUCUCUGGGCCAGCGCUGCAGUGCUGUUGGCAUCACCUGGACUGGCGUCGCUGAGAACGUUGCCUGGAACUACCCGGACGUCACUGCUGUCAUGAACGGAUGGAUCGACAGCCCGGGCCACUUCAGGAACCUCAUUGGCGACUAUACCCUGGUUGGUUUCGGAUACAACAAUGGUUAUGCUACGCAGGACUUUGCCUGCACAUAAGCCAUGCUGGUCAUGUUUUAUGAUGGCACCGCUCCUCUUUAAAUAUGCACAAACCAUUUGAUCAUGAUAAAUAUAUAGCUUUUUGCCC